GCGCUCCGCGAGCUACCCGCACCGCGCAGCGAGCUCCUGCGUUCGCUGCCGCCCGACCACGGCCUACGGAUAAACUUUUCCGUCGUAGACGCGCUACGCUGUGCUACGAACUCCGGUAUGCUACGCGUCGAAAUUUAAUAGUCGCAAGUGCAUUUUAGUGCAGUGAUUUUUUAUAUUAUUUAAAUAGUCAGUGAGUUCGUGAAUAAAUAUAAAUAAAUAAAUAAAAACUUUAGUGCGCAAUGAGGACUCGCCCCUCCGUUUUAUAGUGAUGUCGGCCCUCGUCCGACCGAUGUGGACGGUGCCGCUAAACACUCAAGCCUCCUUGUCCCAGAUCAACAAAAGGAGAUUGGAGUUCGGCGUGGAUGUAGAAUCAUUUAAAAUAAACGAUAGACGCCUGGAGCGCAUCAGCAGUGAAGGCUCCAUGGACGAGGAAGAAAUCCACGGCAAGAGAAGACGACGGCUCCUAGACGACGAGAGAAGAGAUGAACCUGAUAUUCGUCGACGACCAUUGCCCAUGCACAGACCUCAAACCCUGCGGCAACCCGAAGAAGAUGACGAGACACUAAUCAGAGAAACACAAGCGGCUUUGAGAACAUUAUCCGGCAACUGGAACCGAGAACCCCCGCAACAACACAAUCCCGAGGAAAAUGAAGACGCCAAUGGUUUCGAAAACUUAUUUGAUGAUAAAAGAUCUGAAAAAAUGCAGUCUUCCCCUUCCCAAUCUUCCGAUAUGUCUCAAAAAAGUUACUCGACACACCAUCAAGUUCAACAUAUAAAUGGAAUCAAUGAACAUGAGACCAAAACUAACCUUAUUACGAUACAACUAGAAAAGUGUGAAGAGUAUGAUAGACUCAGUAGACAGUCUAACCAAUAUGGAGCGCCAAAUUUCGACGAACUCGUCGACUCGUCUUCCAACGAACUAGAAAUAGAUAUGUCAGAUAGAUGUGAUGAUAGAUACGACGAUGACAGGGACAUUAAGCCAAAACGAAAGGGUGAAAUGGUGUCUGUAAAUAAACAGUCGCUGUACAAUGCUUACAAGGCUGCUACGGCAGCUUUACCAUAUUCGACACAAUCGGCCUUCAAGCCGCCUGCAGAAGUGAAACAUAGAAUCCACAACUCAUCAUUACCCAGUGAACCUUUUGGAGGGUACUCCAACGACCACGAUAGAAAGGAGCACAAAGGUUCGAAGCAGUACACGGUGCUGCAGCCCGCGGGCGCAGGGUCCCGUGCAGCGACCGCGCUGCAGGAGGCGCGCGCCGUGCCCUCUGCGCAGCCAGCGCGCGACUCGCGGCCGCUGAACGCGCUCUCCCCGCCGGCACGAGAAGGCAACAAGUGUCCUACACCCGGGUGCAAUGGGCAGGGCCACGUCACCGGCCUAUACACUCACCACAGGAGUCUGUCAGGAUGUCCAAGAAAGGAUAAAGUCACUCCGGAGAUAUUGGCGUUGCACGAGACGAUAUUGAAGUGCCCCACGCCGGGGUGCAACGGGCGCGGCCACGUCAGCUCCAACCGAAGCACACACCGCUCCCUGUCCGGCUGUCCUACUGCUGCGGCGCGUAAGGCCGCCGCUAGGUCUCAGAGAGCCAGACCUGCUGUAUCACACAGCUCAAUAUCGCAGCCACCAAUCGCAAUCAGCCAGGAGAGUGUAGCGAGUUCUUCGGGCAGUAUUUCUCGGGACCGCGAGGCGUCGCCUCGCAGCCCCGCCGUGAAGCGAGAGGGCGAGCUGCUGGUGCCAAAGCGCGAGGCCGCCGAGCCCGAGCGCGACUCCCCCAGCAUGGAGACGCGCCACGCCGGCUACGGCGCGCCACCUGACCAAAGGUCCCCAUAUGAAAGACCCCCCGAUGACCAUGUGCGGUCGUACAGUCAAAUGAACGAGGCGAGGUAUGGCUACGAGUCGCGGUGCUACGAAGGAGCUCCAGCGUUCGAGCGCUAUGACCCCGCACAGUGCCCCCAACGGCCCUACGGCUGGGAAGAAGAACGCUACCAUGACCCCCACUUACCUACCCCCAUGAAAACCGACCAGUCUGAACAAGAAACCAGCUCAGGACCCAUAUACCCUAGACCAAUGUACCACUACGAGACUGGUAGCGGCGUAGGUGCGGUGGGUGGCGUGGCGGCGAUGGGCCCCGGCGUCCCGCCCGGCUUCUCCGCGAUCAACUUGUCUGUGAAGAUCGCCGCGGCACAAGCGCAGCGACCUCGGAGCCCCACGCCCCGGGAUCCUCGCGAUCCUCGCCCCGCCAUAGAUCUUUCCACUUCUAGUGGUAGUCCACAGGGUCCAUACGCAUCUCCGGUGUACACAAGCGCCGGUGGUGGCAGCGGGGGCGGUGCCCGAGGCAGCCCGCAGCCGGGAGCCUCGCCUCAGCUCACAGCCAGCCCUCAAGUGCCCAGUCCGCAGGGCCAAACUCUCGACCUUAGCGUUUCCCGUUUACCACAUAGUCGAGGUUUCCCCGGCGGAGUCUCCUACAGUCGAGAAUCAACCCCAGACAGUGGUGGCAGUCAUCCGUACCUUGAAGCUUACCAUCGAGACACCGCCGGUUACGGUGGUGUCAGUCCACAUCCCGUAGCGGGUUACGGGCUAGCUCAGCCAGACUAUGCGGCGGCAGCUGCGGCGGCUGGCUAUGGUGGCUACCAGUACCAAUGUGGAGCAUACCCGCCGCCGCCAGCGUACCCGCCGCACGCACCGCCGUACUCCCCGCCGUGCUACAUGCCACCCCCACACGCCCCGCACGACAAACCCAAAGAUAGCAGCUAUCACCGCGACGACUUUUAUGGGAAACUGAGUUACCGGAUACGGGAGUCGAGGGAGCUCAUCCAGUGCCCUGUCGAGAGCUGCGACGGCUCCGGCCACAUUUCUGGCAACUUCGCGACACACCGCAGCCUGUCCGGUUGUCCGCGCGCCGACCGCUCCCAGCUGCAGCCGCAUUCACAAGAGCUCAAGUGUCCCACGCCCGGCUGCGACGGCUCCGGACACGUCACUGGCAACUACUCCUCGCAUCGCUCCCUCUCUGGUUGCCCCAGAGCUAACAAGCCCAAGAGCAAGCCCAGAGACGGACAGGACUCCGAGCCACUGAGAUGCCCUAUACCGGGCUGUGAUGGAUCUGGACACGCUACAGGGAAAUUCUUAUCGCAUCGAAGUGCCUCGGGGUGCCCGAUCGCGAACCGCAACAAGAUGCGGGUGCUCGAAAGCGGAGGCACGGUAGAGCAACAUAAAGCGGCAGUGGCGGCAGCAGCCUCGGCCAUUAAAUUCGACGGAGUGAACUGCCCGACGCCAGGCUGCGACGGCUCCGGUCAUAUAAACGGGUCGUUUCUAACUCAUCGCUCGCUGUCUGGAUGCCCAGUUGCCGGAGCGGCGACGCCCACACCGCAACCAAAGAAGCCUAAAUAUCCUGACGAUAUCACGCCGCUAUACCCAAAGCCUUAUACAGGGAUGGAGAUGAAUAUGCAGACGGGGAACGGCGAGGAUCUGAUGACCCUCGAGCAAGAGAUUACGGAACUUCAGAGAGAGAACGCACGCGUAGAGUCGCAGAUGAUGCGUCUCAAAUCAGAUAUCAACGCUAUGGAGACACACCUUUCUCAUGGAGAUAGGGAAAACCAGACAUUAAUACAACGCAACAAUAAUCUGAACGAGUAUUAUGAAAGUCUGAGGAAUAAUGUGAUCACACUGCUAGAGCACGUGAGGAUCCCGGGCGGAGGCACGGUGCCCGUGAGCUCGGCGGGAGGCACGGCGGGCGCGCCGCCGCCGCCCGGGCCCGGGGACAAGCCGGCGCACGACAACUUCGACUCCUACCUCACCAAGCUGCAAACCCUGUGCUCUCCCGACGGCUACUGCCCCGACGAGAACCGCCCCAUCUACGAAACCGUGAAAAACGCGCUUCAGGACUUCACAGUGCUCCCUACACCCAUUUAAGGUUCACAAAGCGCCGCCGAACCGGAGCGACAGUGAACUUAACUGACUUGUGUGCCAUCGGCGGAGCUUAUCAGUGAUACAGACAAUGUGAAUUUAGUACAAUUUUGUGUUCGUGGUAGUGCGGAGGCUGUUUCGGAACUACUCACCAAAGAUAUUAGACAAAGACUAUGACUGCAUGAUGUUACGUGAGGGACUAAUAGUUUCGUGAUAGGUAUAAUUAGUGUACAGUGAGUCCCGCGGGCAACGUACGGGCAGGUAUUUGUGUUCUAUUAAGUAUUAGGUAACGAUGUCUUUUGUAAACCGUUGUAUACGAUGUGUCCCUUCUUUAUGACAUCAAUUAACACUCGAAGAUUCGUUCGACUUUUAUCUGUAAGCUGGACUAUAUAGACAUUAAAUAAAUUUUAAACACUGUUACUCAUAUGCUUAAAAUUAAUGUAAUUGUUAGGUGAGAAAUUUAUACUAUUGUAUGUAAGCGAUUUUAGCCUCACAAACGCAUGAGAAUCAAUUGUGUAAAUAUUGUACCUACAUUUGGAUAUAAAUAAAUUAUCAUUUAAAUCGCCGGCUGACAGACGUCGGUCACUUUAGGAAAUUUCUAAUUUCAGAUCUAACUCAUUUUUAUCAAGCAGCAGGAAAUAAAAUAGCAUUUAAGGAAACACUAUUAAUCUGUCUUAAGAGUUGAUAAUGCUGGGAAUGUGCCAAAUGCUUCAGAGUCACAGCAACUCCCCAACGCUGACCUAUUAAGACUAAAAUAUUGAGAUAGAAAUACUAACGAUGAUGUCAACAAAAAUAAAGAACUCCUUAGAGGACUUUCUAGUCAGUUUGUAAAUAAAAUUGUGAAUAACGAUAGUUGUCACGUCAUAGAUAAGGACGUUUUUAUUUGUAUUAGGGAAUAAUGAGAUCUCAUUAGAUCGUGUAAGUUAAUAAUUCAGUCACUAAUUGAUAAUCGAUUAUAGGGAUAAAUGAAUACCUACUUUCUUUGUUAGCCAAUGUUCACUUGCUGUGAUUACGUUACGUGUUACUUAUUUAUUGUUAACUCUACGGAAUAUGUGAUAGCUUACUUAACUCAAGUUAAUGUUGAUUUGCAAUAUAUUUAGUUAAUGCGCUUUACACAAACACAUUGUGCAAUCUUAUCGUUUUAGAUACAAAUCUUGUGUUAGUUGAAUCAACUGAAUACGUUGUUUUAUUGAAAUAUCAAUUUUCGAGGGUAUCACAUUGGUACACAGGAAUUAUUAAUAUUCGCAUUUAAAUACUAAAACCUAUUACUAUGUUACUACUCUGAUUGUCAUAUACGUUUCUGUAAAAUAUUGAGUAUGUGUUGUUAAAGAGAAUAAAAAUAAUAAAUACCAAGAUUAU